UCAUGUCCUUGCAAUGCUCGGCGUGUCCAGUAGGGGAAGCUACUCGCUGAAACUACCAGCCACACUACCGGGACAUGUGGCCGAGAAUUUCUGAAAUCUGUCCUCGGUUUUUAGCCACAAACAAGUUUAGCUUACCACGCUUAGCUCAGCGGUUUGUUAGCAUUUUAUAGAAAAAAAGUUUGGGUCCUCAACACGGUUUGGUGUGUAAAAGCCAAGCACAGGAGCACUUUUAUCCGUGGCGAUCAGGACAGCCCAGGGCUGGACAUGACAGGAGCUGAGAGCGAUGGCCAGGGGCCGCCCCCCGAUGGAAGCGACGGCGAGGAGGCAGAGCGAUGUCCUAUCUGCUUGGGUGUCCUGGCCAGAGGAGAGCUCGCCAUGCCCGACAGCUGCUGCCAUGUCUUCUGCCUCGGAUGCCUCCUGACUUGGGCAGAGUUGCAGACGGUCCCGUCUUGUCCAGUGGACAGACGACCCUUCACAAGUGUUUACAGAUGGGAUGGGAGUCUAUGCUGUGUGAAGGUCCCUGUGAGGAGACGAGAAGCAGAACCUGAAGCCCAAAGCGGUCGAAACACCGAACAUGAAGUGUGUCUCAAAAGCAACCUUUGGAAAAGGUCUGUAAGGCAAAAGGCAAGGACGAUGGCUCAUUCCAAAACAAAAGGACUUGUGAGGAAAUGCAACAAUGACCCAUUGGCAGUGAGCCGAAAAAAGGUGAGAGAAACAGUGUGCCGUGCGUGGCCGCCAUCUGUGUUGAUCUCAUUAACCACAUCAACGCAGGACAUCACAGAGCCGUUGUUGGUGACAGAGGACAUACUGUAUGAAACUAAACGCUGCAAACGUCAGGUGCAAGACUGCCCGUGGUUCUCUCCUGCUGCUCCCAUAACCGCAACUGGAACCUCAAGUUUCCUUCCCACUAUUAGGAACCACAGUCCAUUUACGUUUGGUCUCUGUUCAUCUCCCAUUACCUCCACGUCAUCAUUUGGACCUGGUCAUUUUGUUUUCCAGGGUGUGGUCUGCGCCAUUACUUGUCCUAAAGGAGAAGAGAAGCGAGGUGGACGGGCCUCAAACUCCAAAGCGCCCAGCAAAAAAGCCGAGUCGAUGCCGUCCAGACGAUCAGGGCGCAACAGUAAACCCCAGGGUGAGGCGCCUGUAUCUGACCAGUCAUCGCCGCCGCAGUCCAGUGUGUCCGACUCGGACUCAUCCAUCAACCAGCCCUCCAAGCCUGGCCGGACUUCUCAGGUGCCAGGCAAGAGGAAGCUCAGGCAGGUAACAAACCGAAAGGCCAGCGGGAAAAGGAAAAACACGGGGAAAAAGCAGUCGUCUGAGUUUGUUGGAAGCCCAACAGCAAGUGAGGAUGAUGAGGUGGAUAGGGUUGACAGCACUGACAAGGAAGGAGAACAAGAUGAAGUGGAGGAUGAGAUGAACAACCCCGAGCAGCCUUCUGAUGCAGAAGGAAGUCUUAGUGCAGAACAGGAUGGUGUGGAUUCACCUGACGAACAAACAUCUGCAGAACCUUUAAGCUGUGAUGUGGGGCAAGACACGAAUGAGACACUUGAAGAAGACUCAAAUGAACAAAAAGCAGAUGAAGGUGACAGCCACCCAUCUUGUCCCUCAAACUCCUCUCCAAAAAGCCCUGAGUCAUGCUCAGAUGGUAAACCCAGCAUGCAAGAAGAGGAAGCCCCUGACAUGUCAACUUCAAAUAGAGAAGAUGAUUCGCCUUCUGAACCAGAGGACCUCACGUCUCCAGACGGCGACAAGAUGACUGAGCAGGAUGAUAAAAUGGAGAUUUGUGCAGCUUCGGAAGAAAGCAAUGAUGCAAAGCCUUUGAAUGAUCAGCAGACAGUAGCGUGUGAAAUCCUCAAACCUGCUGAACAGUCUGAGGAAAGUGUUGCUAUCCAAGAAGCAAAACAAUCUGAGGACUCUGGUUCCAAAACAUUUGGAACGGCAGAAUCAGCAGAAGCGGACACUUCUGGAGAAAGAAUCGAGGAUGACCGUCUCACCAAAGAUGAUACUAAUGUAGUUCCUAUGGACUGUAGUUCCCCCUCGAGUGGGCAUGGUAGCAAUACCAAUUUGGAUGUAUCACAUGAGAGGACGGCAUCAGCUGCUGCCGAAAUUCCUUCCUCUGUUAAGGUAGAAAGUUCCAAGGACCACGAAGAGAGAGACGUGAGCCAUGAGAGGAAGAAUGGAAGGCAGCGACGCUCUCGCUUCCACUCCCCAUCCUCCUCCUGGUCCCCUAAGAGGGACUCCAGACGAGAGCAAUCCAGGCGCUCCCGCUCUCAUUCGAGAGAACGUGCCAGCAGCCCUCCCUCCAGCCAGUCGUCCCGUCCUCGCAGCAGAGAAAGAGAUCGGGGGCGAGACAGAGAGAGGGACUACUCCAGGAGGGACCGUAGCCGUGACAGAAGGAGGAGGCGAUCCAGGAGUCGCUCCAGAUCUAGAUCACGGUCUCGCUCUAGAACAAGAUCUUACAAACGCGGGUCCAGCCCUGAGCACCUGCUCUUAAGAGAUCAGUCUCCCCAGCGAAAAGACCGACAGGGUGGCUGGAGGUCAGGGCAGGGCAGCGGGAAUGGCAGCGAGGGACGGCGGUAUCAUGCAGGCGCUGGUCGCUUUGAAAAUGGCGUCCCAGCCGAAGCAUCACCUGAACGCCAGGGCUGGUCAGACAAUCCUGACUGGGUGACAGAAAAGACUCGCAGUGAAGCUGAGAACAGGAGCCGGGACCUUGGCGGUGGCGGUGGCUCCCGGUGGGAAGAUCGAGGAAGCAGGGGGGAGUCGAGGGGCUACGAUCGUGGCCGCGGGGCAGGAUGGGGCGGUGGCAACCGCGGCUUUCACAACCAGCAGGAGGAUGACAACCACAGGCAGCCACGAAGCAACUCAGGGACGGGCAACAAUUCAGGGACUGACGCCUACAGCCGCUUCAACGAGAAUCGCGGUGGUGGACGCAGGAAACAGGACUCAGAGACUGGCGACUCCAUGCUGGAUCGCUCAGGCUGGUCAUCAGCAUCCAGCUGGGCAGUCCGGAGGACACUUCCUGCUGAUGUUCAGGAUUAUUACUCCAAGAGGGAGAGAGGGGGAGCAGGAGCCUGGAACAGAACAGAGGAGGAGCAACCAGCAUCAGGUCCCCCGAAAAGUGACCCUGCCUUUCAGACCAUACCGGGCAGCGCGCCAGCACCCGUGCUGACCGUGAUGCCUCCGCCGCCGCCACCUCAGCUCAACGUCCUUCAUCAUCACUUCCCCCUGCCGGGACCUCGGGGACCCCUGCCAGUUAGCUUGCAGCCCACCGCACCGUACGCGAUGGCCCCUCCAGUCCCUGUGCACCUCCACCCUGCCGUGCCACUGCUGCAGGUGCCCGCUGUUGGCACUCCAGUCCUCCCGCCACCUCCCCCGCCGCCCCCACCAAUGCAGCAAGGCAGCCAGGCAGCAGCGGCUCAGGCUGAUGGCCACACACAGAUGGUGAGUACUAUGGGCACUUACGGAAACCCGGGCCUGCUUCCUGCUCCAAACAAAGUAGUUGUUGCUGUGGCAACCCAAGGUCAGCAAGCAGUCAGCCAGGUGCUACCAUCAUCUACAACACAGUCAGGCCAUCAUAGCAAGGCUCUAGCUGACAGCUCCAAAAAAGAAAAGAAACAACAAAUCCAAGAGAAAGCUGUAAAUGAAGUUAAGACGGCCAUAAAACCUUUUUACCAAAAGAAGGAAAUCACAAAAGAGGAGUACAAGGAGAUUGUCCGCAAAGCAGUGGAGAAGGUGUGUCACAGCAAGAGUGGCGAGGUGAACGCAAGUAAGGUGGCCAACCUGGUGAAGGCCUAUGUAGACAAAUACAAACACGCGCGCAAAAAGUGAAUGGCCACCUUAAUGCGGCGCAGCACUGCCCUCACAGACCCCAUUGUGCAGCUCAAGUGCAAUUUCCUCCAGCUGGAAUUUAGCCUCUUUACUCAACGAUGAUGGAGAGCCAUGAUUUCUGUUUUUGAUAUCUCUACCUUUUAAUGAACUACACUAUAUAGAUUUUCUAUAGAUUUUCAUAUUUUGUUAGGAAAAAAAAGAAUGACCCAAUCAAAAAUUGUAAUGCAAGAGCCCUUUAUUUUGCAUAGAUUCUGACCUGCAGAACUACUGUAAUGAGAGCGGGGUGGCCUUUUGGGGGUGGUUGGGUGGGUAAUUUGAUACAAAAAAUGCACCGCUUAGUAAAUCAUGUCUGCUUCUGUUGUUGAGAGAAUCUUCUAGGCUGCUGGCCGGAACUACGGGUUCCUCCUGAUUGCAAAAAUCUAUUCUUAAAAAGAAAAAAAAAAGUAUAUUCUGUAAUAUUUCAAAUAGUUUAAAAGCCUGCAUUCAUCUCAGUGGCCAGGUUUUUGAUUAUAACUGUCGCCCUGUUUGCUUGAGAAUCAGGAGAACAAGUCCGCAGUGAGCGUGUGAUAUAAGACACGGGUCCUGGGAGGGAACAAAUCAGGUGAAAUGAACCCCAUCCACACCUGGAUGUGUAUUGAAUGUCAAUGCAUCACGAUGUCCAAAGUAUCCAGAGAGUAGUGAAAUAAAAUAGCUGCUUCCUGAUUGGAUGAGUCUUUAUCGGACGUUUUGAUUUUUUUUUUAUUCCACUCACUACAGCAUACAAGUUGAAUAGAUCUAUUAUAAUUUUUACAGAAUUGGCAAUACUCAGGUAUAUUAUCUGUUGACCACCAGGGGGCAGGCUUGCACAACAAAAAGUUGAGUGGCCUUUUCAACUCAACCUUGUAACCUGUAGUUAAAAUACCCUUUACAUAAAUGGUAUACAUAUAGCAACCUAGAUAAUGCAUAAUCCUCCUUUUUGUCACUUGACAAAAAAAACUCACAACAUGUUACAGUAUCUUUGAAUUUAAUUUUACAGGAUGUACAUCGUUUCAUUGAAACAAGAAUGUAACACUGGUGGGCAAAGCCCUCUUUGCCCCUGAGGCCCACAGCCGGUUGUUCUCCAACCAAAAAUGUCAAGGGUGUCAAAGGGGGGGACAAGGUGGCGUUUACGUUAUCAGUGACCUCGACGUAACAGAAUUUUGCACAAAAUCGACACAGCAGGAUAUUUCAGUCAGUUUUGACAGGUGAACAGUUGCAGCUUGCCACUCCAAUGCAUCAUAAAAAAAAUAUACAGUUGAAGUCAAUUGAUAUAUAUACAUAUAUAUAUAUACAUACAAUAUCAUAUAAAUAUAAUAAAAUAGUUUACAUUGAUUUCACUGUCUUCCAUAAAUAGCUUGGUGUUGCCUUAGUAUUGGAAGCACAGCCAAACGUGCACACGACGAUGAGCUGUCGUAAAAGACUUUUGGUAUGAUUGUUUGUCGGUGUGACAUUUGUUUACCUUAGCCGCACAUGGUCAAAUUCCAAGUAUUCUCCCAUCCAGAAAAAAAACAUCUAGUCCCCUCACACACCAGUGUCGUCAAUCCUCACACUUAUCCCAACAUCAGCGGCUUCAUAAAUACAGUUUGUCAAAGAGUCCAGUGACUGCAGCUCCCAGUGUUGCUUAUAAAAAAGGGGGCAGGUUUUUGUUGUUCUUUUGCUGACGUCACACAAGCAAGGUCACAAAUACUGAGUAGGCCUCCUGUAUGUGGAAACAAGUCUGUGUUUUCCACUAGUGUGCUGAACAGUAAGUGCUUUUCGGUAUACAAAUACAAGUUUGGCAAAGCAAAACAAAAAACCAAAAAAAAGCAAAGCGUUCAAGUCUGUUGCCUCUCCUGUGAAUGUUUCGGUGGUUUGCGCUGUGUUUUGUCAGCAGGAUUUGUAGUUGAUCUGUGAGGUCACAGCCACACUUGCAAAAACAGAACCGUACCUGAGUGUAAGCUGCUUUUUGAACCCUUGUACCACCUCCACCUGAGAGGCACAUUCGAUUUGUUUUCAGCUGUACCACAACUCCAAAAACAAUACAGGUAAAGACAAAGAAGUGUAUGUAUGUGUGUGUCUGUAUAUAUAUUAAAAAAAAGUAAGAGGGAGGAAAAAAA